AUGACAGAAUUGUCUCUUGUCAGCUAUCCUCACAAAUGUGCUGACUCACAUCGACCCACUGCAGAACUGUCGUUAACUUCUCCUUUACCUCGGCUUCUCGAAGACCCUUGUCUCCGAAAUGCUCUCCCCUUGAAGACACUUGUCUAUAACUGGCCCCAACAACACCACUGCAUGUGCGUGGGUGUCUGCGUGUCUGUGUGUAUGUAUGUGCGUGCUAUUUCAUCGACCAAUCAGAUGGAGGGAUACAGCAAUGAUACGCGCUAUCGAUUCGACGCUAUUUUUGGAGACACGCUCGCACAUGCCUUCUUGGACCAAUCAGAUGCGGGUCAGGUCGGAGGUGGCCGGGAGCGUCGGGGUGGGGAAUUCUGGCGACUGAUGGAAUUUCUUCAGUAA